UGUCCUUUUUUCUCACCGUCCAAACAGAAUUUUCUCGGCGAAAUAAAUUUGCAGUCCAAAUUAGGGUUUUGAGAGAUUUGAAUGGGAAUUUCAUUCAAAUCUUCUUCAUCAAAGCACAGAUUUUUCUACUGUUGUUGCUGUUGUACCAUUUGUCGCCUUUUUUGUCGAUUCUGCUCGUAACUCGGGAAUUGCUUCUGAAAUCCCUAAUUUUUUUUUCUCCCGCUUCUGUGUCGGAAAUUUGUAUGGAUUUGAGUCGUGCUCAGCCUGAUUUGUCGCUUGGAUUUGGUUGCGCCCACGCAUCAAUGACCCCGAAAAUUCCAAUCGCCGACGAUUCGAUUAAGCUGCAAGUCGAUCCGAGUUUUCGCGCGUCGCCGGCACCCAUUCGUCCUGCUCCAUUGCAGUUGCUCGAGCAGAAGGUUGAGAAAAUUCGUGUAGGAGAGGGAAAGGAAGAGGAAGAUCAAAAGGAUGAGCAUCAUUUCAGCAUUUUAGGGCACCCGAUGUGUCUGAAAAGACAGCGGGAUUGCCCAACGCUGUCGCAGGCGAAACCUCCGAAGAGAAUCAUGGCUGAAACCGAUCUGGAAUCAAGGCGAGCAGCUGUUAGGUCAUGGGGCAAUCAGCCUAUUAAUGUGGCAGAUCCAGAGAUUCACGAGAUUAUGGAGAAAGAGAAACAAAGGCAAUUCAAAGGGAUCGAACUGAUUGCUUCUGAGAAUUUCGUGUGCCGAGCGGUAAUGGAAGCUUUGGGAAGUCACUUGACUAACAAGUACUCCGAAGGAAUGCCCGGUGCGAGAUACUACACGGGCAAUCAAUACAUCGACCAGAUUGAAACCCUGUGCAUCGAACGUGCCCUUGCCGCAUUUGGUCUUGAACCUGACAAAUGGGGUGUCAAUGUGCAGCCAUAUUCGUGUACUUCUGCGAAUUUCGCGGUGUACACCGGACUUUUGGUGCCUGGUGAUCGGAUUAUGGGGCUGGAUUCUCCCUCCGGUGGGCACAUGAGCCACGGGUAUUACACGCCUGGUGGGAAGAAGGUUUCUGCUGCAUCAAUAUUCUUUGAGAGUUUUCCUUAUAAGGUGAAUCCUCGCAGUGGGUAUAUUGAUUACGAUAAGCUUGAGGAGAAGGCGCUUGAUUACCGCCCCAAGAUUCUUAUAUGUGGAGGAAGUUCAUAUCCUAGGGACUGGGAUUUCGCAAGGAUUAGACAGAUUGCAGACAAGUGUGGAGCUGUUUUGAUGUGUGAUAUGGCUCAUAUAAGCGGGCUCGUUGCUACUAAGGAAUGUUCAAAUCCGUUUGAUCACUGUGACAUAGUUACGUCCACUACCCACAAAGGUCUGCGAGGACCCAGAGGAGGUAUCAUCUUCUACCGGAGAGGCCCAAAGAUAAGAAAGCAGGGUCCUCAUUCUGGUCACUGUGACAGUUCUUCACAAUAUGAUAUCGAGGAAAAGAUAACAUUUGCAGUAUUCCCGUCCCUACAAGGGGGUCCUCACAACAACCACAUCGCUGCUCUUGCCAUUGCCUUGAAACAAGUGGCCACUCCAGAGUACAAAGCUUACAUACAACAGGUGAAGAGAAACGCUCAAGCUUUGGCAUCAGCUCUGCAGAGGAGAAAAUGCCGGUUGGUUACCGGUGGCACGGACAACCAUUUGUUGCUAUGGGAUCUGACCCCCUUGGGACUGACAGGGAAGGUCUACGAGAAGGUCUGUGAGAUGUGCCAUAUUACCUUAAACAAGACUGCUAUAUAUGGAGACAAUGGCUCCAUAUGUCCCGGAGGUGUCAGGAUCGGGACACCGGCCAUGACAACCCGAGGCUGUGUAGAGUCAGAUUUCGAGACAAUAGCCGAUUUUCUCAUCAGGGCAGCUCAGAUAACGAGUGCUUUGCAGAGGGAACACGGGAAGUGCAACAAAGAGUUUGUGAAGAGUCUCUGCAACAACAAAGACAUAACUGAACUCAGGAACAGGGUUGAAGCCUUUGCUUCACAGUUUGAGAUGCCUGCGUUUGAGAUUUGAAUGCCCAAAUAGAGAGACCAAUUGUCACAGCGGUGAAGCCACAUUUAAUUCUUCCACUAAAUGCUCUCUCUCUCUCUCUCUCUCUCUCUCUCUCUCUGGGGUAUUUCAUUAUAGUUAUAUAUCCUGUAAAUUACAGUGAAUAGAUGUAUUUGUGUAGAAACGAAGAAAACGGAAAUGAAGUACAUUGUUUUUUUA